ACAGAGAGAUGGGGAAGGCUGCACAAAGGAAUUCCUCACCCCAAGCCCCCUGACCGACAGCGAGUAAAGAAGCAGUUCUGCUCGCCCUCCCCCGUCCUCCCUCCCAUCUUCCCACCCUGGCCGGGCAUGGGCCAAAGAGUAGCUGCAGGCCUGGGGAGAGGACCCACAUAGCCUCCUGUAGGUGGCAACAGUGCCACCUGUUUGACUGGUGGGGCUGAGCCAAGGACUGGAAGAGGGAGGAGGCAGACAACUCGGAGAAGAGCUGGGAAGCUGUGCAGUGCAGAGAGCAGAGCAGAGCUGCCGCUGAGAAAAGACCCUCACCAUGGCCGAGUCCCGCGGCUGCUGCUCUGUCUGGGCCCGCUGCCUCCACUGUCUGUAUAGCUGCCACUGGAGGAAAUGCCCCAAAGACAAGAUACAAACCAACAAGUGCGAAUGCAUCUGGUUCGGCCUGCUCUUCCUCACCUUCCUCCUUUCCCUGGGCUGGCUGUACAUCGGGCUCAUCCUUCUCAAUGACCUGCACAACUUCAAUGAAUUCCUGUUCCAGCACUGGGGACACUGGAUGGACUGGUCCCCAGCAUUCCUGCUGGUCAUCUCUCUCCUGGUCACGUAUGCAUCUGUGCUCUUGCUCCUGGCCCUGCUCCUGUGGCUCUGUGGCCAGCCUCUGCAUCUGCACCCCGUCCACAAGGUGCUGCUGCUCCUCAUUAUACUUCUCGUGGCUGCUGGUCUUGUGGGACUGGAGGUCCAAUGGCGGCAAGAGUGGCAUAGCUUACGUCUGUCACUGCAGGCCACAGCCCCAUUCCUUCAUAUUGGAGCAGUUGCUGGCAUCACCCUCCUGGCCUGGCCUGUGGCUGAUACCUUCUACCGUAUCCACCAAAGAGGUCCCAAGUUUCUACUACUGCUCCUAUUUUUCGGAGUUUCCCUGGCCAUCUACCUGGUGCCCCUCUGCAUCUCCUCAGCCUGUAUCAUGGAACCCAAAGACUUACCUCCCAAGCCUGAGCUGAUGGGACACCGAGGGGCCCCCAUGCUGGCCCCCGAGAACACCCUGAUGUCCCUGCGGAAAACAGCUGAAUGUGGAGCUGUUGUAUUUGAGACCGAUGUGAUGAUCAGCUCCGAUGGGAUUCCCUUCCUCAUGCAUGAUGAGCGCCUGACCAGGACCACAGAUGUGGUCUCUGUGUUCCCAGACCGAGUCAACAACCACAGCAGCGACUUCUCCUGGGCUGAACUGAAGAGACUCAAUGCCGGGUCCUGGUUCCUACAGAGGCAACCCUUCUGGGGGGCUAAGCCGCUGUCAGGCCCUGAUCAGAAAGAGGCUGAGAAUCAGACUGUGCCAACACUAGAUGAGCUGCUGAAGGAAGCUGCAGUCCUCAACCUUUCCAUCAUGUUUGAUCUCCGCCGCCCUCCACGAAACCACACAUACCAUGACGUUUUUGUGAACCAGACAUUGGAGACUGUGCUGAAUUCAGGGGUGCCCCAAGCCAUGGUCCUUUGGCUACCAGAUGAAGAUCGGGCUCAUGUCCAGCAACAGGCCCCCCAAAUGCGCCAGAUAUAUGGACAUCUGGGAGGCAACAGCACUGAGAGGCCCCAGUUUCUCAACCUCCCCUAUCAAGACCUGCCACUGUUGGAUAUCAAGGCACUGCACCAAGAUAACGUCUCAGUGAACCUAUUUGUAGUGAACAAGCCCUGGCUCUUCUCCCUACUCUGGUGUGCCGGGGUGGAUUCAGUCACCACCAACGACUGCCAGCUGCUGCAGCAGAUGCAUUACCCCAUCUGGCUUAUUGUAAGGGCUUUGGGACUGUCACCCCUCCUCCUCUUUUCCCAUCCCUGCUUCUCCUUAACCCUGGCCCUCUCUUCCGUACUUAUCCACCCCCAUACACACACACAUACUACCUGUAUAUGCAUAUGGGUGGCCCUGGCCACUGACAAGGGCCUUUUUCUAUUCCCACAGCCCCCGCAAACCUACCUAAUGGUGUGGAUUGUUACCAAUUGUGUCUCUAUCCUACUGCUUUUGUGGACUUUCCUCCUCCAACGGAGAUGUGCUAAGGAGAGAGAACGAACUGGCUUAGAAACAGCAGUGCUGCUCACCAGGAUCAACAAUUUCAUAAUGGAGUGAAUCCCCUGCCCCGGGCCCAUGCCAACCAGAAUCUGUGGCCUGUGCGUUGGUCAACAGGAAGGAAGGAAUGGCUGAGGUGGAAUGUUGGUGGGGCUGGGCUGGGUUGAACUUUCCCAAAAGGAAGUUUUGAACUAUGAGGGCCCUCUGCCCAGAUGGUGGGCAUGCCCCAAGCUUCCAUGGAAUCUGUUCCCCUUGGGGUUUUGACCUGAGGUGGUUAGGCAGACACCAAGUCAUGAGAAGUUCCUCCCCAAACGAGACUAGAACAGAGGAAGGGACAAGGAGAUUGCCCAGAUAAUGUUUCAGAUCUGCGUGCAUGCGUUCUUGUGCAGAAGGCACAGGGUGUCAGGGAUGGGACAGCUUGGAACCAUGACUGAAGGAGAUGACAAAAUGACCUUUCCUGGAGAACCAUCAGAUGAUGGAGACAUCGCCAUUCACUGUCUCCCCUGACAUAAUGCAAUUUAUCUGCAUUCCUGCCUAGAAGCUGGGGGCUAAAGAGCCCAUCUAGCCAUGUAAUUCUGUGUCUACAGGUGGCCUCUUGCUGUGCACAGUCUUUUCUUCAAGACAUUGAUUCCUGAA